UUGCGUGGCAGAGUUAUCCAAUUCGGCACGUGAAGAGGGAUGCACCCUUAUGCCAAGCCUCCUUUGCGCUACUGCAACCUUAAACCCACUAGCAAAACAUUUCCCACCACCCCGCCACGCCCGAUCACUCAACCACGAAGGAUUCCACACUCCCCCCACCACGCUCCCUCCUCCCCCUCCAAAGCGCAAAUCACCAUGCGUCCCUCCCCGCGCUCCAUGGCAUUAGCCAUGUUCCGCUUCCCCUCUUUGCGGGCGACGAAGCGGGUCACGAUCAUCAAGGGCCAAUCGACGAACCUACACAUCAAGGGCGUAUUCAAGCCGGGGUCUCCCGCGAUCCUGAUCGUGUCGACUGCGCCCGAAGAGGAGAUCCUAGACAUCCAGAACUUCCAGAAGUACGUGUCCGACAUCAUGAGCAAGAAGUGGCCGGACACGGAGCUGCUCGGCGGCCGCAUCGAGUACGGCCUCAGUAUCGCGUUCGAGAAGCGGCGGGUGCGCAGGGUGGAGACCGUCGAGGAUAUUAUCGAGUUGGCCAAGACGAAGGGGUUCCCAGAUGCCGACCUCGUCGAAAAGUGGGUGCGCGCCCGCCUCGAGAGGUGUAAGGGCAUUGGCCCGUGGAAUAUGACCAAGGGCCAGAUUACGUUUUCGGGGGUGCUGGGUGGGCGGGAAGAGGUGUUGGCGCGCCAGAGGAUGGCGGACGUGGUGCCGCGGGGGGAUAAGGCGAUCAGGUUGAACGUGUCGCCGUUCCACCGUCCUCAUACGGAUCCGAAGGAGAAGGAUAUUAUGGCUGUACGGCCGGGAAUCUUGAUUGAUCGUGGCAGGGUACGGUUCGAUGGAUUGCUCAAGCCUCAGCCGGUGGAGGACGACGGCCAGAAGGGACUUGUGAACCGCCCCAUGCAUACAAUCCUUAAGCCGACAAGGACGGAACCGAUCGAAUCGCACUCCGGUCCGACCAUCAGGAGACCAACUCUCUUUCGAGAUGCAUCCCCGGAGCCGGAGCGGAAGGACCCGCACUAUCCAGCUCCAAUGGACGGUCCAGUGAUCACGAAACUGUCUGAAUACCGCGAAUAUCUCCCAGGGGAGGUCCGGACACAGCUGUCGGGGGAGGAGCGGGAUAGGGAGAGGGAGAGGGAGAGGGAGAAGCUGAGGGAGAUGGAGAGGGAGAGGCAGAGGCUGAGGGAGAUGGAGGGGAAGAAGCCAGUGCAGGUGCAGGAGCCGGAGAAGGCAGUCUACAAACAAAUGGUCCGUAAAGACACCGAAAAAGCCAGUGCGAUCGCUGCAAAGUUCGCCGAGCUCGAAAGAAUGAUCAGUGAAGACGAGGCCUUGAAACCCACCCACGGCGAAAAACUCUACCAAUAUAAACGGCAAUCGAGCAUCGAGCACGACGUCGACGUCGACAAAUCCUUCGACUACGCCAAAUCACCAUCCUCUCAAGACCGGUCCUACGACAGCAAACACCCCUCUACUCCCUCAUCUCAGGAGCAAUCCUACAGCCGGCAAGGGGCUCAGCGUUCCGAAUUGCAGCAGGGCCGCUAUUCCCCACCACGCUCUCAAGAGCAAUCCUACGACCGCCAAAACCGCUCUCCCUCAUACUCGGACCGGGAGCGACCCCAGCGCGAUUACAGAUACGCGCGCUCCAGUGAGCAGCGCGAUUCCACCCUUCCUCCUCAUCCUCCUACUUCUCCCACUUCUCCACCGGAAACCCCGGAAGGCGCAUCAGCUAACCCUUCCCCCGCGAAAAAGCUGAAAAUUAUCCGCUUCGCCAGCGGGCCGACCGACGACGAGAGCCCACUAGAGCCUUCAGCUGUCAUCAUCAACGAUAAGGACACGCACACCGGUCCGGUCAUCACAUGGCCCUGGCACCACGUCCCUCCUUCCGAAGACGGCACUCCUCCCCCUAUCCGGUAUCACCAGGUGGACAGGCCGAGGGGAUUGAUCCGAAGGCAUUACUGCAGUUAGAUGGAAGGUGGGAAAUGGGAACUGGUGGGGAGAGGGGGAAGUGCGUGGAGCUCUGCUUGGAGGCGUUCGUUUACACGUGACGGGGUGAUCUGUCGUGUUUCAUUAUAUUAUCGCGGCAAGAUUUACAUUGUGCCGGAAUCGUGUCUUCAUAGAAAGGGGGGUUGUCGAUGCUGUAAUUGUACAUAUCAUACCACUCGCUCUGCUCUGUUCUACCUAAGUACUCCACUAAGUAGUUCCCGAUGUCAAUA